AUGGCUUCAGCAACAAACACAACAACAAAGGAUGAACAAUCCAUCCCAAACAACAGCGCUUUGCGUAGUUACUAUGAAUCAUGGGAUUCACGCAUCGUGUACAAAGUAAUCAUGGGAGGGGCCCAGCAUUUUGGAUACUGGGACAAGGACACAUACUGGCCGUUCCCUCUGACACCACAACUUCGGCGCAUGGAGGAGAAACUACUUGAAAUCAUCAGUCUUCCGCAAGGUUCUCAGAUCCUUGAUGCAGGAUGUGGUGUAGGCCAUGUCACUCGCUACUUUGCACAGAAUGGUAUGCGCAUGCUCGGAAUUGAUAUCAUCAACUGGGCGAUAGAUGAUGCUCGCAACGUCGCCAAAGAAGCAAACCUCUCAUCUACUCAGAUGCGGAUUGAGAAAAUGGACUAUCACGAUCUGAGCUCCAUUCAAGACUCUUCACUAGACGGUGUCUACACAAUGCAAUCCCUCAGCCACGCCUACGAUCCCAAGCGUGCAAUGGCGGAAUUCUACCGCGUCACUCGUCCAGGAGGCCGCAUAGCCAUGGUCGAAGUAGAGCGCAAAACACCAAACACUCUCGAUGACCCGAAUGACCAGUUGACGCAGGUUAUGAAGAUGGUAAACGAGUACACUGUUAUGCCUACCAAUGAAGCAGCACACUUUGAUUAUUUCAAGUGUCUUCUUGAAGAAGCUGGAUAUAUAAACAUUGAGAGAUAG